AUGCCUGGCAUGGUGAUGUUUCGGCGGCGCUGGUCAGUCGGCAGUGAUGACCUGGUGCUGCCUGCCCUUUUCCUGUUUCUGUUACACUGCAUCUGGCUGGUAGUUCUGUCCGUGGUUCUGUUUGGCCUUCCCUAUGGGUCAGAUCAGUCCUGUUCUAUAACACUGGUGGACCAUGGUCGAGGCUACCUGGGCAUUUUGGUCAGCUGCCUUAUCUGUGAGAGUGCCAUCAUGUGGUUGAGUAUGAGAGGCAGCAUCCUCUACACACAGCCCAGGGAAGCUGUGCAAUACGUCAUCUAUAUCAGACUCGCCAUUCUCCUGGUAGAGCUUGUGUAUGCAGUUGUGGGAAUUGCCUGGCUUGUUCAGUAUUACCAGCCAUGCUCAGAUGUCACUGCCAAAAACUUAGCUUUGGGAAUUGUUGCAUGCAACUGGCUAGUAAUAUUCAGCGUCUGCAUUACACUUAUGUGCACAUUUGAUCCUACCGGUCGGACAUUUGUCAAACUGAAAGCAACUCGCCGGCGUCAACGAAACCUUACAACGUACACACUAAGGCAUAGACUCGAGGAAGGCCAGGCCAGCAGUUGGAGCAGGAGACUAAAAUUUUUCAUGUGCUGCACAAGAGCACAGGAUACACAAUCAGAUGCAUAUUCAGAAGUGGCAAGCCUCUUCGCAGAGUUUUUUAGAGAUUUAGACAUUGUUCCUAGUGAUAUUAUUGCUGGCUUGGUACUCCUGCGUCAGACACAAAGGUCUAAAAGAUCAUCUAUCCUUGACCAGAGCAACAACGAUAUUUUAGCCUUCCUGUCCGGUAUGCCUGUUACUCGGAACACCAGAUAUCUGGACCUUAAGAACUCGACUGAAAUGGGCAUGUACAAGGACGUGUGCUACUACAUGCUCUUUGCUCUUGCUGCAUAUGGUUGGCCCAUGUACCUAAUGAGGAAGCCAGCUUGCGGACUUUGCCGCCUUGUUAGCACCUGCCCCUGCACAACUGUUUCUGGCUCACGUUUGUCCCAGUCAGUGACAGUGGAGGAGGACAAUUGUUGUGGUUGUAAUGUUUUAGCCAUACGCAGACAAUUCUUGGACCGGGAGCUGAAGCAGGUUCACAUAGUCUACACUUCCUGCCAUGAUGCGGUGUACGAGACUCCCUUUUUUGUGGCAGUAGAUCAUGAAAAGAAAAAGGUUGUCAUCAGUAUCAGAGGAACUUUGUCCCUCAAGGAUGCCUUGACUGAUUUGACGGGGGAUUCUGAGCGUUUACCGGUGGAGGAUCAGCAUGGGACUUGGCUUGGUCACAAGGGGAUGGUUUACUCAGCAGAGUACAUUAAGAAGAAACUGGAGCAGGAAAUGAUAUUGUCGCAAGCUUUUGGAAGAGACUUGAACAAGGGCACCAUGCAUUAUGGACUGGUGAUAGUAGGCCAUUCUCUUGGUGCUGGCACUGCUGCUAUUCUCUCUUUCCUGCUGAGACCUCAGUACCCCACACUUCACUGCUACUCUUAUUCCCCACCCGGUGGCCUUCUUAGUGAGGAUGCCAUGGAGUACUCCAAAGAGUUUGUCACCUCUGUAGUUUUAGGCAAAGACCUGGUUCCAAGGCUGGGUUUGUGUCAACUGGAGGGAUUCCGUCGGCAUCUGCUAGAAGUCCUACAGAAAAGUAACAAGCCAAAGUGGAGGAUCAUUGUGGGGGGCACCAAAUGCAUCCCAAAAUCUGAGCUUCCACUUGAGGAGGAGGAUCCGCCAUCUCAGCAAGCAGCACCCCCCAGCAGUCGCCUGUGGCUCCACCCCAGUGAUCUCAGUAUCGCCCUCUCAGCCUCAACCCCUCUCUACCCUCCUGGUCGAAUCAUCCACGUGGUGCACAACCAUCCUCCAGAGACUUGCUGUGGUCAAGAAGAACCAACAUACUCAGCUCUAUGGGGGGACAACAAGGCCUUCAAUGAGGUCAUCAUAUCGCCUGCCAUGCUUAAUGAGCACAUGCCUCACAUGGUGAUGGAGGGUCUAAACAAGGUUUUGGAGAACUACAACAAAGGAAAAACGGCUUUGCUCUCUGCAGCCAAGAUUAUGGUGAGCCCGACAGAAGUUGAUUUGAACCCUGAGAGUGUGUUCAUGGCGGCAUCUGCGACAGCCCAGCAGCCAAUGCCUACAGCCCACCACCGCAGGAACAGUAGUGUUCGUUCCUGUGCCCAGUCUGAAAUAUCUCUGGAUGGUUUCUCUGAGUGUCCUCCUCCUCCAGUACCCGUAGUGUUGCGUGGAGCACGGGAGCGGCUGACUGUGGAGCUUAGGGACCGCAAAGCUCCAUUGGCUGUCAUGGAAAGCCUGUCAGAUGCUGAAUCUGUUUAUAGCCUGGAUUCCAGGCGCUCCUCUGCAGCGCUCAGAGGUUCUCCAAUGCUUAGUAGCCUCCCUUUCCCUUUGGAUGCCCCAAUUCCUGAAGAGAAUCCAUCUCUCAGCUCUCGCACGGAACUGCUGGCUGCUGACUGCCUUUGCCAGGCGACACCGGAACACCUAGGAGAGAUUGGGCCUUUCUAUACACCAUUGGACCCUGUAUCUAAUCCAGAGUACUCCAUCCAGUUGUCCCCUGCCACACCUCGCUACAGUGGACAUUAUUCCCCUGAGGCUUUCAACGUAGAGCAAGUCAUCUACCCUAGAGAUCCAUUAGAGUUCGAACAGAUGCCGGGCAUCUACAGCCCAGGUAGCACUCCAGACGCUCCCCGCAGUCCACAAAUUACUUCGAGAGCAAUGGAUGGUGACAAGGAAGAGUGGGAGUUCAGCAUGGAGACUAGAUCAGCAACUUCCCCUCCGCCGCCUCAGCUAUCAAAUGGAAACCCCAGCCGGACAGUGCUGGAAUUUGCCCAGUACUUGGACUCUUUAUUUAAACUAGAUGGCAGCAGCUCACCUCCAAUGGAUCUGUCAGAUGGGGAGUCAGAGUCAGGACGGGGAUCUCUCGGACACAUUGAGUGUGUGGGAGACGAACCCGAUGACAAACAGCUUCUGGCCAGGGCAACGUUGGAGCCGAAUCUGGUCCCCAAGCCCCCACGCACUUUUGCCGGAUCUGCUGACCCUUCUUCUGGCAUCUCGUUGUCACCAUCCUUCCCUCUCUCAUCAUCUGAGGAACUCAAUGACCUUUCGCCCGGUGAGGGUGCCCCACCUGCCAUUGACUCACUACGAACAUCCAACCCCAUCCAUUGCCCUGAGGAGAACACUUUGUCCUCUAUGGUCUAG